AGCGCCUUUUUUUCUGGGUAGUGGGUAUUUUAUCCGAAUUUAGUGGGAAUAUUAUGUGGCUGCUUCCGAUACUGAUAAAGACCAUGAUAAGAAGAAUUGUGAAGCAGAAUUUUUUUCAAAUUUGAUGGGAUAUUUUUAAACCAAUAGACUCUUACUUAUAGUGAUCGUAUUGUUUUCUUCUUUCUCUGGUGUGUUAGCUUUUGAAGCGAUUUGUUAAAGAUGACUCAAGAUACGGUGGAUGGAACUGCUAAAAUUGAAAUUGAUGAAGAUUUACUUAUACCAGUUCAUGAUCCAACUCUAUCAAAGUUAAAUCCAAUAGGAAUUAAAGAAAUUAGAUCGUCACCAUAUCAUGAAAAAUCUCAUUGGUUAGACUUAACUACUAUUCCGCAAAAUUACCAAAUUGUAUCUCUUGCAUUACAAUCAUUUCAUCCUAUUAUACCUAAUUAUGCAUUUGAAACAUAUUACGAGUCAUUCAAUAUUGAACAAAUAGUUGAACUAUCCAAACAAUAUAGUAAAGAUUUAGACUAUACUUUCCCUAAAACUGAAAUCUACGUUAUAGCAUUUAGAUCAAUUUUACAUGAACCAGUUCAAACUUCAAUUGAAAAGAGACAAUUUCUCGGCAAAAUAGAUAAGGAAUCACAUUUAGAAGCUACAGAAUCAGGAGGUCUAAUUAAAUAUUGGUUCGGUACUCCCGAUGACAGUACAGGUCAAAACUUAGCAACUUGUUGGUGGGUAAGUAAAGAACAUGCUAAAAGAGGAGGCGGUGGAAAGAGUCAUAGACAAGGUAUGGCUGCAGUGAAGGGAUGGUACAAAUAUUGGAAAGUUGAAGAAUAUCAACUCGUAAUUGAACACAAUUUUGAUUCAUUUACAUUCAAUAGAGUUGUAUAGAGACUGAAUUCAGAUCUGUUUGUGGCGUGCUUUAUUUUUGCAAUAAAAAAAUAUCAUUUUGCGUUGUGCCGCUGACGCUUCUCAGUAGCAGCCACAAUUUUUAGCGCUCUUGGAAUUUUAGGGCAAACAUGACGCAUAGAAUUAUUUAGUUCCCUAGCUAAUUUAAUAUAGUGUAUAAUGUCACUAAUCUCUAUAAACUAAGAUUGCUUAAUAAUAAAUGAUUGGUUAUUGUUCGCAACCACCCCACCUUUGUGUGGUACAUUUCCAUUAAUUUAAUUAGUUUUAAUU